AUGUUUACAGGUUCUGCGCCCGCUGCGUCGCUCUCGUCUUCAUUUUCGCGGUACCCGGAGGGAGAGAAGACACCGGAGCAGCGCGAACCGCACGCACCACACGCACCGCGCGACGAGUCUUGCUGGUCUUUGCGCGCUCUGAUUCCGGUCCGCGUCCACGUAGAUCCCCAGCUGGCGAGCUGCCUCCACCUGCCAGGUAGCGCUACUCGUCGGCGGGUGUUCCUGCCGCUGGACCGGCUCGUGGCGACGGUAAGACACGAAGCGGCACAAGUGGACAAGACCGACAAGGCCGCGAAGAACGAACGCGGUGCGUCGCAGGCAGACUCGCAAUCGACGAACGCGGCGCCGCUCGGCCUCAGCGACAUGCUGGACGCAGCUCAAAGUGUCCAUGCGUGGGCGGGCUACUACGGGAUUCCCGUGCGUCUCGCCUAUCGCUGGAUAGCGAAGCCAUCGUCUCGCAGAGAUGCAGACGCGAAAGAGCGGGAAGAGGAAAGCCGGGGCACGCACGAAAAGGGAGACAGAGAACGAGCAGAGGAUUAUGGAACCGCAAAGAGCCAGGGGGAAGAAGAGGACAGAACGGGAGAAGACGCCGAGGAAAGAGACGUCGGAAAGCGAGGAAUCGACGACAGUGACGGAGGCCGAGAGAGGGGAGAUGCGGUUCUGAUUGAAACGGAUGAAGCGUUUCGCGCCUUGCUCGCGAAGGCUUACGGCGAACCCUUGCGGCAGUAUCUGCAGGCGCCUCUCUGUGACCACGGACCUAGCGACGCCACGGACCGACUGAAACCCGGUAGCCCCACGCGCCAGGAGUCUCCGCGAAAAGAAAGGAAGACGGAGGCCGGGGGGGUUCGAGAAGGCGAGGAAGCAGGCAAGGCGGGAAGCCUCGAACAAGAAUGCGACGGACGAGAAGACCACGCGAAGGAGGGAGACGGACGAGGGGAAAAGCCGACCCUUGUGCGCUUGUUGAGAGUAAAACCUUCUCCCCCGACCACGUCUCCAUCCUUGUCCCACGAUAAAGUUCUCACCUUUUUUCUUCUGCCGCCGCCUUCGCCUCAUUGGCCUCCCCCCCCUGUUGCCCCUUUCCUCCUCCCUCAUGCUGACACCUUUUGUUCUUCCUCUUCUCCGUCUUCUUCUGCGUCUUCUUCUGCUUCUCCUUCUUCGUCUUCCUCGUCGUCGUCUUCGUCUUUGUCGCCGUCUUCUCCGUCGUCUGCUUCGUUUGACUCCUCGUCUUCGUCUCAUUCUUCUUCCGCUUUUUCGUCUCCUUCCUCCUUGUCUUCGGCUUUCUCUGGUCGUCCGUCUGCGCCUGUUGAGCAUGCACCCUCGCGCUUCCGCUUGCUCUCGUUUUACAAGUUCGUUUCGUUUCCGUCCCCGGAGCGCGUCGCGCAGAUUUUGCGGCUCCUCUGGACUCCGCUGGGGAUUCUCGGGCGUACCUACGUCGCCGCGGAAGGGAUCAACGGCCAGUUGGCGGUUCCAGCGGAGAAGCUCGUGCACUUUUAUGCGUCUCUGCAGCUGCUUCCCGAGCUUCGGACGGAGGUCGCCAUCAAUCUCGAUCCCUGGGAAAUGACGGCCGACGAGUUCUUUGGAGCCGCGAGCGCGCCGGACGCGCCGCACGUCGCACGAAGACGGCCCAGGCGACGCCAGCCUUCCGAAGAAAAACCGGAGCCGUGGGAUGUCGAACGCGAAGCCGCGGGCCGUGCGCGCGAUUCCCUCUCGGACGCCUCGCAGAGAACUCUGCAUGCGGCGCCGCCGUUUCAGGGCCUUUUCAUUCGCGUUCGGCGUCAAGUGCUCGCCGACGGUGCCUUGGCGGUUCCGCGGUCUUCCGACAGGCGAUGUGGAGACCCCGCCUGGGCGAGUGCCGCCUCUACCACUGCGCCGUCGCCGCGAGAGUCUCCGUUGGAAGAGGCAGAGAACGAGAGCGCCGAAGGACUGAAAGAUCUCGAUUGGGACGACUGUGGCGUCGAACUCGAGCCUGGGGAGUGGGAAGCGAAGCUGCGUCAGAUGCUUGCCUGGCAGCGAGAAAAGGCGGAGCACCAGGAGGCAGGGACGGCGGCUGAGCCGCGGACGCGGGCGAGUCGGAAGAAAAUCGUUCUUUUGGACUGUCGCAAUAAAUACGAGUCAGAUAUCGGCUUCUUCAAAGGAUCCAUUCCCCUCAACACCAACCUGUUCUCCGAGAGCUUCGGACCCGCCGGCGCGCUCAGUGCAGUUCUGGACCAACACACAGCUGCGUCAGGUGCCUGGCAGGCCGGUGAGAAAUCCGGCACACAAAGCUCGCCUGCCUCUUCUGGCUCGUCUCCUCGUUCUCCGUGCCCGUCGUCUCCGUCGUCUUCGUCGUCUUCGUCUUCUUCUUCGCAUUCGCCGCUCCCACAUAAAGGGGAGCGGGCGCGACAAACCGAACGAGAAGGAAACGAACGAGAAGGAAACGAACGAGAAAACGAACGAGAAGAGCUGGAAGUGAUGAUGUACUGUACAGGGGGGAUCCGGUGUGUAAAGGCUGGCGCGUAUGUGAAGCAGCGACUCGGGUUCCCGAACGUGUUUCGCCUCAAGGGCGGUGUUCUUCGUUAUGUCGAGUAUCUCAAGAAUCUACCGAGACACGAAAACUGCCCAAGUCUCGACAAUGGGGAGCCGAGCGGCGAGGCGAGCGGCGAGGCGAGCGGCGAGGCGAGCGGCGGGGCGCGAGAGAAGGAGCGAGGCAGUCAGAACCCAAGCAAGGCGCCAAGAGGAAUCGUGAGGCCGGAGGCGUCAGUGGAACGUGGGGCCAGGCCUGGCGAGGACGUUUCGGCGGGAGGAAGCGACGCAUGUUUAACGGCGGAAGGGCGGGCAGAAAACGACCUGCCUCGACGCGCCAGUGUGUCUCGUGACGCGGGGUUUGGGGCGUCCUCUGCAGAGGCCGCGCCGUCUUUCCUGGAUCGCCGAAGUUUGUUUCAGGGCAGCCUGUACGUCUUCGACAGUCGGAUGACUCGGCGAGUGACUUCGCAUGUGUUCGCGCCCUGCUCUGCAUGCAGAAAGGAGAAAUCUGCCUUCUGCACGAACUGCGCAAACGCGGCGUGCCAUACCCGCAUCGUCCUGUGCGCCCGCUGCUCCGACAAGCUCCACGGCUGUUGCAGCGAUGCAUGCAAAAAGCAAGUCGUUCUGCGCAGGGAAGAGAAAACACGCGUGGCGAAGCGCACAAGAAGCGAGGCGGGAGAGGCGAGGGAGGCUGGAGAGGGGGACGGCGGUGAGGAAAGAGCGGAAUGCCCAGAGAGGGAGGGCGGACAGGACAGGGAGGAGAGGGAAGCGGGAGGAAACCGAGAACAGAGAAGUGCGGCAGAGGGAGCGGAGAACGGCAGCUGGAAGGAGAGGGCGUGCGAUUCUGAGAUGCGUCUGGACGACGUCGAGAGAGACGCUGAUCGGGAAGACGAGGCGUUUCUGCUGGUGGCUCGAGAAAGAACGGCAAAGGCGAGGGAGAGGAGGCGACGGGUUGACGCGAAGCAGCAGCGCGCGAGAGAGAGAUUCCUCCCCACACAGCUCAGACUGGCUGUGCUCCUGCGAGACGCGGAGACGGCAAGAAGGGAGAGCGGACGGGACGCACGCGACGAGGGACAAACGGCGGGAAGCGCGGCACAACAGGGAGAACCCGGAGGCCCGAGCGGGACAGACGCGCCACACGCCCACGCGGCAGACAGAGAUCGAUGCGCAGAAGCAGUGGAGAGGCGCCGCCAACAUGCGACUGAACGCGAAAGAGGAGCUGAAAGCGCGAGCGAAGGAACGCGACAACACGACACAGCGGCAGCCGGCGGCGGUCCAGAAACGAAUGAGGCGACGGGCGCGUUUUCCUCUGCUUCUUUUGCUCCCUUCUGGGCUCACUGGAAUGCGAGAGAAACCGAGAACGAGAAAGAAACCAUGGACGCGCGUUCUGCGACCUCGUCUCGCUCGCCGCUGACGCGUGCACCUCGCUCUGGCGGCCCGCGACGACCGCGCACGUUCUCUUCUCCUUUGCUUUCUUCCUCUCUUCGCUCUUCUUCGGUUUCUCAUUCUCUUUCUUCUUACCUUCGUUCUUCUCUUUCUUCUUCUCGUUCUUCUUCCCUCUGGGCCGCGUUCUCCUCUGUGUCUCCGGUUCCUUCGCCAUCUCCGAGGGCCUCGUGUUCGAGGCGAGAAAAGAACGGAGAAGAAAGCGCCGACCAAAACCAACGUAAAGCGCGGGCGAAAGAAGAGGAAAGUGUCGAAGCGCGAACUCUCGACAUUCUCGGCGAGCUCCACGCCGAGGCCUCUGCAGCCAGCGACGCGUCCGUCGUGCACGAGGCGCUCCUGGACCGGCUCCGGUGCGCGACGGAGAACUUCGUGUGGGGCUGCAAGAAAGGCCCAAACGAAGCAAACGGCGAAAGAGACGCUUACGGCGCGGCAGUCGAGACGGAAGGUGGCGAGAGGAACGCGUGGGAAGCAAGGAGAGAAGACGAAGCCGAGGCAGGGCGCUCAGGGACGAGCGGACGAAAAAGGGGAGCCAUGGACAGGCACCGCGAUGAACCGAGAGGAAGGACACCCGACAUCAGGGACGCGGAAAGUGAAAGUCAAGAGAGACAGGAGCUGUGGGGAAAACAAGUGGAUUCUUGCGAGGGGAAAUGGCGAGGCCUUGAGCGGGCGGCGAGCACGACAGCGGUCGGGCAAAAGACCUCCGGACCGUGGUGGAGCGAUCGACUUCAACAGCGGCUGCUGGCGACUCUGUCGCGUCUUCAGAAACCUCGCGCUAUUCUCGAAAUCGGCACAUUCACUGGACUUUCCACUCUGAGCCUCGCCGAAGGCCUGCCGUCUCCUCCACUUGCACACCCGUCUCCAAACAGACUCGCGGAAACUCACAGGUCUUCUCGAGAACGAAAGGAAGAACAAAGAGGAGACGAGAAGGAAAAAGAGAGAGAAGGACCGAGGAAAGCGCAAGAGGAGGGAAACGAACGAGACAAAUGCGGCUCGACGCCUGUCCUCGUCACAAUCGAGAGAGAUCGGCGAGCGCUGGACGUGGCGCUUCCCCAUUUCGCUUUGUCUCCGUAUUCGCCGUAUAUUCGGGUGAUCGAGGGCGAGGCCGGAGAGGCUCUCGCUCGGCUUCAGAGGAAAAUGAAAGCGAAGCACACCGCGGCAGAAGAGCGGCGCUGCAGCGAAGACACCCCGGCGGCGGAGGCCGCAAAACCCGAGGCGGUGGCGAAAGAAAAAGACGCGAAGCAAGACGGAAACACGAGGCUGAGCAAGGCAGAAGAGAGACAGGAGAUGGACACGCGUUUUAUGCCGGCGUCGAACGAGAGGCGAGACACGGGAAGACGGAAAGUCGACACUGGCAAGGCUGACAGAGACAAGGCCGGCAUGUUUUUCGUUGACAAAGAGCUCCACAGUCUGGCUAUUCCUCCCGACGGUUUUGACCUCAUUUUUCUCGACGCAAGCAAGCGGCAAUACGCGGACUUCCUUUUCAACUUCAUUCUCCACCCCGUGCAGCCGCUGCUCGCGCCGACCGGGCUCCUCCUCGUCGACAACACACUCUUCAAAGCGACGCGAAAGGCGCCUGUCGUCCCUGGGGAGGACCCGACGGUGGAGAGAGAGGUCCGUGCUGCACCAAAAACGGGAAAAGGCGGAGACAAAUGCGGAGUGGAGGGCGACUCGAAGCGAGAAGGGAAGAAGGAACGGAAACAAGGACGCGAAGAGUCGGUGCUGAUCAGAGAAGAAGCGCCGGGGACGGAGCACAAAGCGGAGAACGAGGAGAACGAGAAGAGAAGAGAGAAAGAAAGAAAGAAAGGACGGAGAGAGAAACGACUUGAGGAGAUUGAGAACGAGAUGACGAACGUGAGGGAGAUGCUGAGGAAUAACGACCGCGUUAUGCAGUUGGUCCUCCCCAUCCGCGACGGCCUCUCAUUGGUUUCUUGGCGAUGA